GCCUGCAGAAGGGGAAGCUGAGCCGGCUGCGGGGGUCAACGGCGUGCGGGGAGGGGAAGAGGAGGAAGCGGCGCCAGGUGGAGGCCUCUCAUUUGUGGCCUCGGGAGGAGAGAAGCAAGAGCACGACAUCUCGCUCUUCGUCAAGGCUGGUAGCGAUGGAGAAAGUAUUGGAAACUGCCCAUUUUCUCAGCGCCUCUUUAUGAUUCUAUGGCUGAAGGGUGUUAUAUUUAAUGUUACAACUGUGGACUUAAAACGGAAGCCUGCUGACCUUCAGAAUUUGGCACCAGGAACAAACCCUCCUUUUAUGACUUUUGAUGGUGAAGUGAGAACAGAUGUGAAUAAAAUUGAGGAAUUCUUAGAAGAUAAAUUAGCACCACCAAGAUAUCCCAAACUUGCACCAAACCAUCCAGAAUCAUACUCUGCAGGAAAUGAUGUAUUUGCUAAAUUUUCUGCAUUCAUAAAAAACACAAGAAAAGAUGCCAAUGAAAAUUUGGAAAAAUCUUUGCUUAAGGCUUUGAAAAGACUGAAUGACUACUUAAAUGACCCCUUGCCUGAAGAAAUUGAUGCCAAUAGCACAGAAGAACUCACUGUUUCCAGAAGGAAAUUCCUGGAUAAUGAUGAACUCACAUUAGCAGAUUGCAAUCUCUUGCCAAAACUUCAUAUUAUCAAGGUUGUUGCAAAGAAAUAUAGAAAUUUUGAGUUUCCAUCUGAAAUGACUGGAAUCUGGAAAUAUUUGAACAAUGCUUAUGAUAGAGAUGAAUUUACAAAUACUUGUCCAGCAGAUCGGGAAAUAGAGUUUGCUUAUCUGGAUGUUGCAAAAAGGAUGAAAUAACUAAAAAAAAUUUUAUUUCUAUAUUUUUAAGUUUGCCUCAGCAAGGAUGGUCCAGCCAAUAACUAUUUGGUGAUUCAAGGAAUGAAGUUUUCAAGCUUACUUGGAAUUAAUUAAAUGAGAAGCCUGAAUGUUGAUUAGUGUAUGCACUCAACACUGCUUGGUUUGUGAGCGCCUGAAGUCUUGAAUUCAAUCAUCAUGAGUUUGGUUGGCUCAUUAAUUCAUGAUGCAGUCAGUAAGUGAUGGCUAGACUUAGGUGGAAAAUAUUUAUCCUGGCUACUGAAAUCAGGUCUUUUUUCCUGCCUCCCCAUUGCUUUAUUUAAAUCUACAAAUCUAAAUAAGGUGAGAACCACGGAGUGGCUUUUAUCCUCCUUUUUUAAAGUAUAAGAAUCAUUUGGAGACUAAGCAAACAUGAAUUGACUAUCAGCAGAGACAUGGCUUCUUGUUUUUAGGAUACUGAAAAUGUAUGUUCAUAUGUAAAGGAAAGGAAAGCAGAAUAAACACUGAUGUAAACACCGCACAUUAGUAUCAAAACCAUACCAAGAUACACCUGCAGCUACUAUGAAUUCUGUCCAUCUAACGCUGGCUAGAUUCUCUGUAUGUACAUCUCUGUACUGACUGAGGUAUAUAAUUUGUUAUACUGAAUUUAUUUUAGAACAUAUCAAAAGAAUGUCUUUUAUUACAGGGUUAUUUUCUACUUCUAAAGUAUAGUAGUCUGCACUGUAUAAUCAGGAAAUAAUACUUCAUAUUCUUUAUAUUUAAACUGAAUUUGGUGUUAAAUGCUGACUUUUUUCAUCUGCAAAGAUAAUGUGUUUAAAACCUAAUCUGUUUUGUCAUAACAAAAUUAAAUGCUGGAUUUUAUAUUUUAGCAUUCAUUAAACAAAUAUUACUGUUACAAUCUAUGUUCAGAAGUAUGCAUGCAUACAUUUAGACUGCACGUAAAAUGAUUGUAGCCAUUUAAUAUGCCUUAAAAAUUUGCAGUGUGAAAUGAAAAUACACAAAUUCUGACUUAAA